AUGUCUAGUGUUCAAAGGAAUCCAGCAUCGGCACAUGCUGAUGCAGCUGUAGCUUUGGCCCUUUUGAAGAAGGCAUUGGCAUCUCCUCCUUCGAUCGGGGCGCCGCCCAUUGUUACAUACCCUCGUAGAAAGCCAAGAAAACCAAAAUCUGGAAAUGAACUUUCCGCAUCAGCCUUUCACCCCCAUGUUCUUGCGCGCGACCACUUACGUCUAUGGUCCACACCCCACUCAGAUUCCUUUCACCUUUCAGCCUUAGAACAAUUGCCUCUAAACGAUGUUUUGCAGCUUUUUGACGUCAUGUUAGUAUCCAUCGAAAUCAAAACCAGAGAAAAUUAUGGUGCAGGAUUGCUUCGUUUUCAUCAAUACUGCGACUCAAGACAUAUCCCUGAGGCACGUCGCAUGCCCGCAUCAGAUUUUCUCCUCGCAUCUUUCAUUGCUUCUUGGGCCGGAAAGGUCGCUGCAAUCACUGCACAAAACUGGUUAGCCGGGCUACACUUCUGGCACAACCUUCAUGGCGCUCCUUGGUUCGGACACAGCAUCCUCCGCUCAGCCACUGCUGGUCUCGGUAAACUUGUGCCAGACUCGUCAAAACGACCUCGUCGCCCUCCUGUAACUUUAGAACACAUGCAUGCACUGUUUCGUGGGCUUGAUCUCUCCAACGCUUUUGACGCUGUAGAGACUCAUGCCUCUCAUGGUGUGAUAUGGCACUUUUCACUAGGGAGUUCAUUGCACGAACUUGCAGCACCAUUCUGUGUGCUAUCUGCAGCUAUCCCUAUAUGA